AUGUCGUCCACAACUAUUGCUGAAGAUUUCCUUGAGGAAUUCUAUCCUUCCAGGUUGAUCCAAAAAUAAUUUCCACGUUUAAAUUUGGAAUUUAGAUGGAAGGGAACCCGUAGAUGGCUAGGAAAGCCGUGGGAUGGUCAUCAAGACGAUCUGACCAAACAGAUGAAAACUCCCCAAUUUGUUCAGAAAACGCUUCAAAAUGACGGAAUCGCCCUUAGCAAAGUAUUGAAAAGAAGAUAAUUUUUGAAAAUAUCAGAAAUUCCAGAAAGAAAUCGCGAGAUUGGCGGGAAACGAUGAGUUGCAGUUUAACGUCGUGUACACGAUGAACAAGAAGAAUCGAUGGGAACAGGUGGAUUUUCAGGAAAAGCUGGAGAAACAUGAGUUUUUGAAGGCUGACCCUGUGAAUAUGAUGAAAGGAGUCUCGGCCAAGGCCGACGUCGCCGUCGUCGAAAGGAACUUUGUCUCCUUUUUUGGUACUUCAAGAUGGAGAAAGAGCCUUUUUACAUGAAGUUUCUAGAAAACGAGGACAAGGAUGAAUCGACGGCUUUCGCAGUUCACUCCAGAACAGACUACGACGUCGACGACGAGUCUUUCGGUAUCAGAACUGCCAAAUGUGCCGGAAAGGGACAAAAGGUUCAGUUAACCAUAUAUUCAUUAUUCAAACCCCUUUUGAAGGUCUCCAACUUUGCCUCCAGAAGCCAGAGAGCUGAGCGAGAAAAAGGACAAGAAGAAGCCGAAAAAGGAAGAGAAAAUGGCCGAGAAACCGACGGUCGUGUACAACAUCGUCCGCACUCAUCCGGUCAAGGAAAUCGCGACGGCCGGACUUUCCAACGCGAAAAGUUUGCUUCGAAACGGAGCUCAAGUUAUUUCGGACCAUUUUCAGGUGGAUCCAAAGCAAAAGGCAGGACCAGAGGUCGACCGGCGAACAUCAAGAAUAUCCAAGACUACGUCGGAAAUGACGAAGAUUAUUCUGACGAGGAAGACGUCGAGGAUUCUGAAUACGCCUAUAAUCAUAACUCCAACGUCAACUUUUCUGAUUAUCUGAUUGAAAAGGAGAGAAUCGCCGAGAGAAUGAAUUCAAUGCAAUCGUUCGACUUGUGCGAUGAUUUCGAAGCGGCUAGCUCGUCUUGUUACGAGGAGGUUGAGCUUUUUCCUCUGUAAAGACUCAAAUCGAUGAUUUUUAGAUUGAUGAUGGUCUUCCUGAACUCCUCGACAUCAAUGAUGUCCUUGCUGAGAAGCAUCUGUUCACGAUGAAAGACUUUGUGAACAAAGACGUAAAGAAGUACGAUUUCGAUGAGGAGGUAGGAUAAUUGGCCAUAAUGAACUCACCAUGGGAACUUCGAUUUUUUCGAUUUUUCGUCGAGUUCCUGGCUUUGAUUGAGUCUACUUUGAAAUCUUCGAAAGUUAGAGAGCGUUGAAAAAUGAGAGGGCACACUUUUUCUUCUUCUCUCGACGCCCUCUUCUUUACCAGUUCUCUCUAACUUCGAAGACUCGGAAGUAGACUCAAUUGAGUGGAAAAUAAUAUCUAUAAACUAAUUUUCGAUUCAGGUCGAAAAACUCCGUGAAAAUACCGAUUUGAUCGUCCGGACCGUCGGCAACAAAUGCGUUUUCGUCAAUGCUUCGCCCAUGCUCCUUCCCAAGCCUUACUACACUUUCCUAAUGGUUUUCCGGGUCGUUGAAUCUAAAUUUUUGAGGUUUCAACUCAAAUUAUCUGUCAGUAUACAGCACAUUUUUACAGUAUCCAAGUGGAUUCCACUGUCAAAUGCAAGGAUAUGCAUGUGGCGACUGUGCGGGAUUGCAUUGAUUCCAACAAAAGCUUUAUUGAAAUUGUCCUGGCUGUCGCGAAAUUCCUGAAAAGCUUACCCUUGGAUGAGCCAAAGUUGGAAAAGGACAUUUUCGGCGAAAAAGUGUAGGUUUUUUUAAUAAUUUUCAUACGUUAGUAGCUCUCGUAACAUAAAUGACUUUGCAAAAAAGCUUUUGAAAACGGAAAAAAAUUUUUUCAAAGUUUGUCCAUGGAGCAGCUUUGACGUUAAACUUAUUUUUAAUUUUCGUAGUUGGAAUUCUUUUUUUCCAUUUUUUUUUUUUUUAAAUGACUUUUUUAUAGGAUUUUUUUAGUAAAAUUUCUAGAUAAAGUUUGAAAAACGCUUUGAAAAAGUAUUUUUACUGCUUUUUAAGUUUCCAAGAGUGGACAAAACGUCUAUUGAAAAUAUUUAUUAAUUUUUACCAUUAAUUCUUUUUGAGAAUUGAAUUUCUUUCUCUUCUUUCUAACUAUUUUUUUACACGUUGUUUAGUUUUUGCACCUGAAUAAUUAUAUCAUCAUGAAGUAAAAUCUUAAUGAGAAAAAUUUGCAGUCCUGAAUUGCCUACUGGUUUGGAAGCCCAGUCCCAUUCGUCUCGAUUCUAUGUUCCGGUAAGUUCUUUUUUUUUAUUCGAAAUAUUUUGUAGAUUUUUAACUUUUUUGUGGUUUGAAGUAUUUUGUAGAUUUUAAGUUCAAUAACAAUACAUGAAAAAAAAACCUCGAAUUUUCAAUUUUCCAGGCGAACGCUCAAGACCUCAAGGGCAUGGAUUCCUUCAUCCAUUCCACUUGUCUGUAUAUUUCUGAUGAAACUGCUCAAUCUUCUGUUGAUACUCAGAACAAGGUUUUCCUAAAGUUUCCCCUCCAAGAAUUUAUAUUCAUUUUUCCAGAACUGCACCCACUGUCUUUCUCGUUACUGGAAGCACCUGUUCGCCUUGAAAAAUGGGACUUUCGAGUGCCUUAUUUGCCUCAGACACAAAAUCUAUCGACAGAUCAGGCAACAGCUCUUCCCGGUUACUGUGAAUGUAAAUAAUGAUUUUUUGAUUUUUUUGAUUCAAUGGGAUAAUUUCAGUUGCUGCUCAAUGAAGGCGAUUCGGAACUCGACGCCUUGGCUAUGAUCCUUCCUAUUACUGUUUUCAAUUUUUAUGCCAAGAAGCUCUUCGAGAACCUCUACAUCGGUUUCGGGGCCACUGGGAAGUUUCUCGAGUGUCCCUGUUGUUCGGCUCAACUUUAUCUUGAAGAUGAUGGCCCCAAAGGUUAGUUUGCUGUUUCGAAACGAGAGGGGUCUGGUAAGAAAGGAAAAAAAAAGAGUUCUCAGUGUUUUUACAUGUUCUGGAGAAAAUUUUCCAAGAAAAAAAUAGUUUUGUGUACACAAUGAAAGUUUGUUAAAGAAAGAAAAAAUCGCAAAAAAUUAAAAAAUCAAAAAAAUUAAAAAAUUGGAAGGAUAUACAUAUACUAACAGUUUCAGAUUUACCCUGCGAAUUUUUUUCGAGAGAAUCUGAUUUUUUUCAAAUUUAAAUAAUCCAUAGUUUUUUUCAAAAAUCAAAGCUGAACUUUAGGGCCGAUGUCGAGUAAAUUUUGAAAUCUUGAUUGAAAAAAAAUCCAAAAAUGGUCAUUUUCGACUCAAAAUGUUUUCCCUUGACUUGAAAUUGUUCAAAUCGAGUUUUUUUCAGAAAACUAUCGAAUUUCCGUAAAAUGCAGCGCCUGCAACAGCGUCUGGUGCAGGAAUUGCCACGGCGAAACCCAUUGGCCGAUGAAUUGCGAAGAGUUUUCCGAGUGGAAGCCCAAAUGGGAAGUCCAAUGUGGGUUUGAAAAUUUGUUGAGAAAUAUUUCAGUGAAAAAGAAAAAAACGACUUUUUUUCAAUCGAAUUAUGAGAAAAUUUUUCGUUUUAUGAGAAAAAUUUUUGACUGUUUUUGAAUUUUUUUGAUUUUUUUCUUUUUUUAAGGGAUAUUGAAAAUUGGAAGGAAAAUAGCGAAAAUAUAACCUUUUAAUUGAAAAAAAUUCGUCGUUUUAAGUAAUUUUCGAAAAUUUUUUCAAGCGAAGUUUUGAAUUUUGAAAGCAGAUUCCACUGGAAAACGGCUUUUUAAAGCAUUUCGUGAAGUUUUUUCAAAAGUUGUUGUUUAAUUUUUUUCGAAAAUCUAGUUUUUUUGAAUAACAAAAAAAUCUUCUUUGAAAACUGGAUAAAAGAUUCAAAUUUUUCUUUUUUUUUUCUUGCCUUGAAUUUCUACCUUAUAACCUGACAUUUUCCAGAUAUCAUACAAAAUCCCGACAUGCGGCCCAAUAUGUACAUGCUCGACAUUGAAUGCGACGAUUGUAAAACAAAGUUUGAUGUACGUUUCAAUUUUCCAAUAAAAAAAAGAAAAUAGGCUUUUUAAUGUUAUCGGUUUGUAGGACAAUUUGGAAAUAGUGUGUUGAUGGGGGAAGUUUAAAUGACUUUUCAAGAGUUUUUUUAGGAGAGAAUAGUUUUUGUUUUUUUGAAAAAAAUCCAGGAUUUUUUUAGAUAAACAAAAAAACGAGUUUUUCACAUGAAUGUUUUUUUCAUUAAAAAAAUGACUUUUUCUAGAUAAGAAGCUUACUGGAAAAAAAGGAAAAAGUUCGAGAAAAAAAUAAUUUAACUAAAAGUUCAUGAUUAUCCUUUCUACCUAAAAAUUAGAAUAAAGAAUUUUUCCAGAUAUAGAAUUUCGAUCAGAAAAUCUAGGAUUUUUUUCUAUAUUUUUUUGAAUAAAAAAAGAACAAGGAAUUUCUCAGAAAGAAAAUUUGGAAAUAAUUAUUCUACAUUUUUUUGAAAAAAAUAGAAAAAUUCCAGACAUACAUCUUGAUAUAAAAAAAUCCAGGAGUUUCUAAAUUUUUCGAAAAAAAAAUUACAGGGUUUUUCUCCCAGAUAAGCAAAAAAAUCUAGGAUUUCUCAAAACCUUUGAAAAAAAGGAACAAAGGUUUUUUUGAGAUGAAUAGAUUUGAUUGAAAAAAAUCAAUGAUUUUUUUCUAGAUUACUAUGAAAAACAAGAAGCUUUUUCAGAUAUUACUAAAAAAAGAUCUUUCCAAUAAAUAUUUUUCAAAAAAAUAGACCAAAUAAAUUUCCAGAUAAUCAUGCCGACGAGAUUGGCGUCUUGUCCCGGCUGCUCGAAAGUCGUCGAAGAAAAAGCAAAUGGAAUAUCUGUACCUUUCCUUCGGCAAAUGGUGUUACCGGUACAAGCCCCAGGAAGGCAAUACCCGCGAGCUUUACAAUCCGAUCGCGGUAAAAAUCAUUUAUUGAUUUUUCUCACUAUUCUGUCUUACAGGCAAAGUAUGACUUCCAUGUGAUUUACCGGGUCUUGACGCCGGAGCGAAUGAAGAGAAAAUGCGGCUCCAAAGUUAAGAAAAAUGUCGCCGAUGUGGGUUUUUUUGUCUUAAAUUUGGGUCUUGAAAAAAAUUAAGUCUUCAAGUUGGAAUGUGAGAAUCAUUCACCCAAAAAUGAAAAAGUUGUCUUUUUUCUCGCUUUCUUUUCCCUCGACGACUCUCAAGAUUUAGGAAUAUUUUUAGAAUUUUCAUCCUCUCACCGGCGAGAGAAAAGAGGGCGCAGGCAGGUUAGACUGUUCUAAAGAAAGCCACAAUAGUAUUUUUUUAGUUAUAAACAUUUAUCCUAUUUACCUUUUUGCGCGUCGUUUCUGAUGCAUCGAGUGCAUUGCGUACAACACAUUUUAUCUCCCGCCGUUAAUGUCGCCGUGAUGAAUUAGUCAAAUUUUCCUCAGUUUUUCAAAAAAAUUUUCCCUGAAAGUGGAAUUUUUUUAUUUUUUUUCUAUUUUAAUCUUCAAAAUCCAGCUUUUCUAGCCUCAAAAUUCAAUCAAGGAGCUGUAAAGGUUCACCUUUUUGAUAGGGAUUAUCUCCGUUUUCAAAAAAACUUGUGAAAAAUUAUUCUUACCAAAUUUUGUUCUAAUUCAGUUACUACGACUCCUUUUUAGACUUUUCCUUAAGGUUUUAGGUUUUUUUUCUUAGAUUCUAGGCUUCUCCAAGUGCUUUCCUAGAAAGUACAACGUUUAGAAAAAAAUUCAUUUUUCUCCACAAAAUUGAGUCAAAAAUGAUUGAAUAAAGGAUUCAUUGGAUUCAAUUAGGACCAAUACCCAAACCAAAUAUUCGAUUCUAAACUUUAGAUCUGCACCGAACUCCGGAAACUGAGAAUGGACGAAAAGUUCCGCUACGACAUGCUCAAACGGAUGUCCCAUUUGAGAAAAGUCGAUCCGAAAAUUGACGAACUCCCAGAACUUUGUCCAACGGUAAAAUGAAAAUAUUCUAGAACCCCAAUUAAAGAAGGCCUUCCAGAUCCUUUCUCUAGCCGAAAAUCUUCUCGGACUGCUCUACGUCUCGAAGAAAAACACAUUGGAAGUCACCAACUUGGCUUCGAGGGCUUUGAAAAUCUUGGACCACUUUUCGGCUUCUUGUGAAAUUGAAAUUAUUCCGUGAGUUGUUUUUUUCAAUCCUUCCGACGUUUUUUUUUGACGACGCCUCCUUUAUGCGUAAAGUUUCGUGUGUAGUGUGCAUGCACUCUGGCGCUUUCGCGCAGAAAAAAUGUAGUGAAAAUUUUGAUUCGACUCUUCCGUUGCCAUGACGUCACGUGGGAACGGCUGAGGUUUUGACUCCGCCCACUCGUUUCGCAUUUUCUUCCACUAAACAACGCCGAGAACAAUGUUCCAGUUUUCAGGGCCCAACAACUACGCGAACUUCGGAAAAUCUCCUCGGCUCUCUUUUCAAUCGCCGAAUCGACGAGAAAUGAUGUUUGA